GGCCUCGCCUACUUUGUGCCCCGCCCACAGACGCUCCACCCGACUGCGCGCCCCCGCGUCCACCUUCUGCAGCCCAGCUCCUGCAACUCUCUCCAGUGGAGGUCCAUUAAGGCGAGGUGUUUCCGUGCAAUGCAGUUAGUUCCAGUAUCAAGUAAAGAAGGCUAAGUUUUGUUUUACCUUGUACAUAUCGAAAUGGAUCCCGGUGCAGAGAGAGCGGAACCUGGGGACAGCGAACAGGACGAAGAAGAGGAUGUAUUCGAAGUGGAAAGGAUUAUUGACAUGCGAGUGGAAGAUGGAGAGGUGCUAUACCGUGUGCGGUGGAAGAACUAUUCAUCUGAUGAUGAUACCUGGGAGCCCAAAGCUCACCUGGAGGACUGUAGCGAGGUGCUGCUAGCCUAUGAGAGGUCUUUGGCGGAGAAAAAACUUAAGAAAGACUCCAGCAUGAAGCUGCCUUUGAAGAGUGACUUAUUUGAUGCAAACUCUGAGAGUGACAGUGAUAAGGAUAAACCGAAAGACUCCCCUAGUAAGAAAAAGAAAAAAAAGAAGAAACACGCAGAGGAAUCUGAGGACGAAAAGUCUGAGAAGGAUAAAAAGAAAAAGAAAAAGAAGGAGAAAUGGAAGGAGGACAAACCGAUGCCUGCUCCUGAGUCUGAUGAAGAGGAAGAUAGGGUUCCUACACCACCACCUUCUAAAAAAGAGAAGGCCACAGAUCCCAAGAAGCGAACUAUUGAAAAGGAAGAAGACGAAAAUGAAGAUGCUCCUGCAAAGAAACACAAAAAGGAACACAAAGCUAAAGAUCCAGGGAAGCAAAAGAAAGAAACUGUGGACGAAAAGAAGAAAAAAAAGGUGAAGUCAAAAAGAGAGAUUGAGACCUCAGAAGAAGAGACAGACAAAAGUGAUGCACUAUCAGAAUUAUACACUGAUGACACUUCCUCAACAGGCAACCUGAGUAUCACAGCAAAACCUACAACUCCCAAAAACACAGAGAGGCCUGCUCGGAGUGAAAGUGGGAGUGACCAAUCCAAGGCAAAACAGAAGAAAAACAAACCUGAAUUGAAGCCACAAGGUUUAAAAGACUUGGCUCAGGACAAAAACCCCAAAAAGACAGACAAUUCAGCUCUGUUGCUCAAAGAGAGUGGCCUAAAUAAAUUGAGAAGCCUUGCUAACAGUAAGAGCAGCAAGUCAUCACGCAGUGAGGAUGAGCCUGAUUCGGUUGACACAGGAGCCACAGCUAAAGCAAAAAGCAAGACCAAAGGUCCUGACUCUAACUCGACUACUCAAAAAGAUUCAUCUGUAACUCCCUCCUCUUCAUCCUCUAUAGUUGUAGCCACUCCCAGCAAGCCAAGAGAGGAGGAACUGAAGGAGCCAAAGGAAGACUCUGGAGAGAAAGGUGGAGCUCCUAAUAAUCUCUUCGAAAAGUUUUUGCUCAACUGUGAGGCCAAGGAUCGUGUGCAUAGAAAACAGGCACCUCACACAACACCAAAGAAUCCAGUGAAGACGGACAAAAAAACGAGAAAGGAGUCUCCAGUUCAGAAGCCAGAGUUUGAAAAGCCAAAGGAGGGCACUACUAUCAUGGAAACAGACGAAAAACUGGAAAAGGUCAUGCAGGAGUCAGAGAAGAGUGACUGGCCAAAUGAACCUGUGACCAAGACAAAAGAGGAUCUACAGCGUGAACAGAAAGAAGAAGAGCAGCGAAGACGGAAAGAACGGCUCGAGGAGGAAGAGAGAAAGAGGAAAGAGAGGCUUGAGGAGUCUCAGAGAGAACGGAAGGUUAGGGGGGAAGAGGCACAGAAAGAGAGACAGAGACUGGCAGAAGAAGCCCGGUUAGAUCGGAUAGGAGAUAGGAGACCUGUGGUGGAGGCUAUGGCAUCUACUGAGUCUAACGAAGACCUAAGGUGGAAGGAGAGACGAAGAAAGAGGCGCGAGGACAGUGAGUCCCGCCUCCUUAUCACCUGCGAUGACAAUCAGGACUCUCAGGACCCCCUGGAACGCGCUGACAAAACGCCUGACAGGGGCCCCCCUUCUCUUAAUCUUGGAGUUGAGCUGAAGCUAGACUGGAUGACACUGGAAGACUUUCAAAAACACUUGAAUGGAGAGGAUGAGAAUCUUUUCCCGUUAGCCUUAACUCCCACUGAGUUGCGGGAUGCCGUAAAAAAUGGGAAUUAUUUGGCUGUUAAACGUGCACUCAAUUCCAAAGAGGACUAUAGUCUGGACCAGGAGGAUUCCAGCGGUAUGUCUCUGUUCAUGCUGGCCGCCGCAGGCGGACAGGAUGAUAUCCUUCGGCUGAUGAUUAAGAAAGGAGUAAAGGUUAAUGGGCGGCAGAAGAACGGAACCACAGCCCUUAUGCAUGCUGCUGAGAAGUUCUCUUUUCAGAAUUUCCUCACCACUGUGGCCAUUCUUCUUGAAGCAGGAUCUUGCUUGAAUGCUCAGACACUGGGUGGUGAGACAGCACUUAUGAAGGCAUGUAGGAGAGGAAAUGCAGAUGUAGUGCGCCUCCUACUGGAGUAUGGAGCUGACUGCAACAUUCUCUCCAAGCACAAGACAACAGCCUUGUACUUUGCCAAGCUUAGCAACAACAUGAUGGUGUAUGACCUCAUCAAAGACCACAUCCAGACGUUAUCAACAGUGGCAGAGGAGACAAUCAGAGCUUAUUUUGAAACGCGCUUGGCUCUGCUUGAGCCUGUCUUUCCGUUGGCAUGUCACCGCCUAUGUGAGGGACCAGACUUCUCACUGGAAUUCAGUUACAAAGCGCCACAGCACACGCCUGGAGAGGGGUCUGGUAUCCUUCUCUUCAUCUUCCAUGCUAAUUUCAUGACUGAGAUCACAGCCAGGCUCUGUGGGCCCUGUAGUGUCCAUGCUGUCAUUCUUAAUGACAAGUUCCAGCUGCCUAUAUUCCUUGAUAGCCACUUUAUUUAUUCCUUCAGCCCUGUUCAAGGAGUCAACAAACUGUUUAUUCGCUUAGCUGAGUCACCCACAGCUAAGGUUAAACUACUCAUUGGUGCAUAUAGAGUCCAGCUACAGUGAUGCCCAACCUUCCGCUUUGGGUCAAAGUUCAACAGAGAAUUUUUCUCAUGCCAGGAGCCAAGAGUAUUUGCUCAAACCUGUCCUCAGUGUGUCACUAGACAUGCCAAGACAAAGAUGGGUUCAUGUUUAGUUGAAUGGCUUGGAAAUGAAGCCUAAAGCCAGUCCCUCAUAGCAGACAUUGGAGUGUGACUCCAGGAUACACAUUCAUUCAUUCAUGUUUUAUGAAUUUUACACAAUUUCUGAUUUUGUUUUAUCGUUCUAAUUAUUUAGAUAGUCUGUGCCUCCAGACAUGCAGGGAGGAUUGGCAUUUGUAAAUCUUGUUUGUAAAGGAUUUUUUUCUUGUUUUAAAUACAAUAAUUUAUCACUUCAGAUUUACCCAUAGUUUCUUUAUGUUAUCAUCUUAUCACCUUGUACUUGCCUUCUGUGUGUGUGUGUGUGUGUGUGUGCAUGUUUGUCUGAAAGAGAGAGUUAGUGUGUGAACUAGAGAGCAGGUGCCAAUUGUCCCUGCUGGGUUGUUUGUUUGUUUGUCUGUUUUUGAGGGACCAAGGGAGUGGACCUUUUUAAACACCAGAAUUAAUUCCCUGUGUACUGCUUUCCCAUCCAGCUGUUUUACACUGAACUUAGAUCUCUGGGGCAAACUGUGUGUGUAGGGUCAUUUGUGUAGGAAGUGUACAGGGGGAAUUAUUUUCUACAUAUGUGUGUGUGUGUUGGGAAUGUAUGUUUUAAGGGCUAGUAUCUUCUUAGAAUCUGGAGGAACCAGGUCUAGCAAUGCCUUUUGUUUAAGACCUGAACAUCUUGCCUUCAAUAUAGAUUUUGAUUAAACUAGGUUAUAUUGGGAAUUUGCAGUCAUGAUUAAGUUACUAUAGUACAGAUUCUUCUGAAAACAGUGUGCUGGACAACAUGGUUUUUAAUUUAUUUUCCCCUGACUGUUAACAGUAACUUUUUGACAGGUUUUGUUUGCUACCUUACUGUGUUAUAUAGAGAAAAUAAACACAGCUUGGCAUCCUCUUCAAAUAAACUGUACAUAUGUUUCCAUAACAUUUAAAGAA